AGCGCCAACAUGAAAUGACGCCGCUAUUACCAACGCACGUGCAAUAUGAUGUCGUAUAAAAAGCAGUGUAAAUUAUCUAAAUUGUUCAAUGAUUAAUCAAUGGAAAUAUUAUUAACAAUGCUAAUUAAUAUUCAAAAGUGAAUAUUCGACAAUAAAAACUUUAAUUCAGUUGUGAAUGAAAUUAAUGCAUAUUGUAUAUUGUAUACAUUCGAGAUACUACUGUAUACGGAAGCAAAUAAGAUUUGUAAUUGUUAAAGAUUUUGAAAAAUAAUGGAGUGUUUAGUGGCAAACGUAGAUAACAUGCGAUUUGAUAUUGAAAUUGCUCUUGAUGAACAAUAUGGAGCACUUCCUUUACCUUUUACUGGAAUGGACAAAUCUACUGCUGCAGUAUGUCAAUUUUAUCCAAGAGGUACUUGUGUUAAAGGAGCUUCUUGUCCAUUUAGGCAUGUAAGAGGAGAUCGUACAAUUGUAUGUAAACAUUGGUUAAGAGGUCUUUGUAAAAAAGGUGAUCAAUGUGAAUUUUUACAUGAAUAUGAUAUGACAAAAAUGCCAGAAUGUUAUUUCUAUUCUAGAUUUAAUGCUUGUCACAAUAAAGAAUGUCCAUUCCUACAUAUUGACCCAGAAACUAAAGUCAGAGAUUGUCCCUGGUAUGACCGUGGAUUUUGUAGACAUGGACCAUUAUGCAGACAUCGACAUGUUCGUCGUGUUUUAUGCAUGGCAUAUUUAGCUGGAUUUUGUCCUGAAGGUCCAAAUUGUAAAUUUAUGCAUCCAAGAUUUGAAUUACCAGCAGUACAAGAUAUGCAACCUAAAGAAGGUAAAAAAGUAAUGAUCACUUGUCACUUUUGUGGAGAAGGUGGUCAUAAAGCAAUUUAUUGUAAUAAAAUGCCACCUGAUGUACGUGAAGCUCAAGUUAGACAAGAGAUAGAAGGUAAUUCUCAUGCUACACAUCACAUGAAUAUCCAUAAUGGACCUCCACCAAGAGGGCCCCAAAAGCCACUUGAAGAAGUCACUUGUUAUAAAUGUGGAACUAAAGGUCAUUAUGCCAAUAAAUGUCCAAAAGGUCAUUUAGCAUUUUUGAGUCAUGCUGGAGGUAGUGGAAGUGGUACUCAAAAUCAAAAUUACCGUAGGUGAUUUCAUUUAUUUUAUUUAUAUAAAAUCAAUAUUGUGAUUCUAUUUUAAUUUAGUAUAAUCAUUCAUCUGUAAAAAUUUCUAUAUCAUAUAGUAAAAUAAGUUUAAUAUAAUUACUUUCAUAUUGAUUCAUGAUACCAGCAUCUCUGAAUGAAAUAAAAUAACUGUUUAUAAGAAUUUUGUACUUUACAUAAAAAAAAAUUUAACUAAAUUAAAGGAUAUUUUGGGUUAAAAUAUCAAAGUACAUACUAUAACAAAUUUAAUUUAUUGUUUAAACAAUUAAACAUGUUCCUAAAUAGUUAUUAUUACAUCCUGUAAAUAUAUUUAAAGGAUACUUGCUAAAUUAUUAAAUAUGCUAUUUCUAUGAGCGCAUCGAUUUUCGACGUAGAAUGUUAUAAAAAGAUAUAUUUGUUUACUAAUUUAUUUAGUUUGUGACAUUGAAUGGGAAGACGUACUUCGCUAUUUGUAUAUGAAGUGGCAUUGUAAGAUUAUUAAUUUUUUAAAUCUUGUUCGCUAAAAUAACAAUAUUUUUUACGUGAUUAUUAUUAGAAAUAUUGAUUUUCUUUAUUAUUGAAUGUGCAUUUAGUAUUUAAAACAUAAAUAAUUCUCUUAUUUUAAAUAUUAUUAUUUUUUUAUAUUCGUCGAAAUACGUCGCAUCUAAACACUGUAAGUUAUUGAAAAAAAGUGCAAAAUCAUUAGAAUAUUGAAUGUCACUUUUUAUAUGCAAACAAGCAAGUGUGGUUUAAUUG